CGCGGCGGCCGCGCCAUGACGCAGGGCCCGGGCGGCCGCGCGCCCCCCGGCGGCCCCGAACCCGAGGCGCCCACCACCUUCUGCGCGCUGCUGCCGCGCAUGGCGCCCUGGAAGCUGGCGGCGCCCGGGGGCUUCCUGGGCCGCGGGCCGGCGGCGGGGGCGGCGCGGGCGGAGGGCGCGGCGGGCCCCGGGGACCCCAGGCCCGCGCUGGCCGCCGUGCUGGGCGCCUGCGAGUCGCGCUGCGCCGCCCCCUGCCCGCUGCCUGCGCUCGGCCGCUGCCGGGUCCCGGGGGCGCGCGGGCCGCGGGGCGCGCGGGGUGGGGGGACGGCGGGGCCCCAGGACGCCGCGGCCGACGAGUGGGCGCGCAAGGGCGGCUUCAUCCACAAGCCGGCGCACGGCUGGCUGCACCCCGACGCCAGGGUCCUGGGGCCCGGGGUCUCCUACGUCGUCAGGUACAUGGGCUGCAUUGAGGUGCUCAGAUCCAUGCGCUCCCUGGACUUCAGCACCCGGACCCAGGUGACCAGGGAGGCCAUCAAUCGGCUCCACGAGGCUGUGCCAGGCGUCAGGGGCUCCUGGAAGAAGAAGGCUCCCAACAAGGCGCUGGCCUCCAUCCUAGGCAAGAGCAACCUGCGCUUCGCGGGCAUGAGCAUUUCCGUGAACAUUUCCAUCGACGGCCUCAAUCUCUCGGUGCCCGCCACGCGUCAGGUCAUCGCCAGCCACCACAUGCAGUCCAUCUCCUUCGCGUCCGGUGGUGACACGGACAUGACAGAUUACGUGGCCUACGUCGCCAAGGACCCCAUCAACCAGAGAGCCUGUCACAUCCUGGAGUGCUGUGAGGGCCUGGCGCAGAGUGUCAUCAGCACCGUGGGCCAAGCCUUCGAGCUGCGCUUCAAGCAGUACCUGCACAGCCCCCCCAAGGCAGUGGUGCCCCCCGAAAGGCUGACCGGACUGGAGGAGUCGGCCUGGGGGGACGAGGAGGAGGCCGAGGGUCAUAACUACUACAAUAGCAUCCCGGGAAAGGAGCCGCCGCCAGGCGGGCUCAUGGACUCCAGGCUGGCGCUCACGCAGCCCUGUGGCCUCUCGGCCCUUGGCCAGGGAGCGUCUCCGCUGCGUAGAGACACCCGUGGUCCACAGUGGGACCAGUGCUCUUCCGGCUCAGCGCUGCCCGGGGAUGGCUACGUGCAGGCGGAUGCCCGGGGCCCUCGGGAGUACGAGGAGCACCUGUACGUCAACACCCAGGGACUGGACGCUUUGGACGCCCCGGAGCCCGAGGACCCGCUGCCCCCGCAGCCCGAGGACAGCCCCAAGAAGGACCUGUUUGACAUGCGACCCUUCGAGGACGCUCUGAGGCUGCACGAGUGCUCGGCGGGUGUCACAGAGGACCAGUGGCCCAGUCCCCCGACCCGCCGGGCCCCCAUCGCCCCCACCGAGGAGCAGCUGCGCCAGGAGCCCUGGUACCACGGCCGCAUGAGCCGCCGGGCAGCAGAGAGGCUGCUGCGAGCCGACGGGGACUUCCUGGUGCGGGACAGCGUCACCAACCCGGGGCAGUACGUCCUCACCGGCAUGCACGCCGGGCAGCCCAAGCACCUGCUGCUGGUGGACCCCGAGGGUGUGGUGCGGACCAAGGACGUCCUGUUUCACAGCAUCAGUCACCUCAUCGACUACCACCUGCGGAACGGGCAGCCCAUCGUGGCCGCCGAGAGCGAGCUGCACCUUCGUGGAGUGGUGGCGCGGGAGCCCUGAGCCGUUGCCACCCAGGUGACAGUUCUCAGAGGCUCCUGCCCCCAGACGCCCCUGUCGUGGCCUUAUGGACGCUCAGCCUCCCCUCUGGGUCUGUCCGGCCGGAACCACAGAACUGCUGCUGUCCCCCGACAGGAGCCUCGGGGACCCCUUCCUGCCUGUGCCCGCCGCCCCGCACCAAGCCGGGUGCUCGUACCAAAGAGAGCCUUCCUCGCCUUUCAAGCAGACACCGGGGGUACAGCCCUGCCUGGCUUCACCCUGCCGUCCCCGUGAUGGGCAGCGACCCCAGUCUUCCUCCCCGGCUGGACUUGAGUUACGUCCCUGGAACAGAGGGUCCUGACACCCCCGGGCUCCACUGCUCACCUGAGAAAUCAGGACCUCAGUGUCUUGUUAGGGGGAGAACUAAGGUGCUUUGGGGGGAUCUCACGCUGAUGCCACGGAGUGGGAGACAGUCUCUGGGCCUCCCCAGCUGCUCUAGGUCGGGAGACCAGGUGAUUGUGAGGUCCAUGCCAGCCCUCCAGCUGCAGACCAGACUGGACAUUGGAUCUGUUUGUAAUUAAACCUGGGCGUGAUGACGGCCUGACCGAA